CCAGGGACAUGCCCGAUUGGGAUCGCCUCAGAGUCUCCCGCUGCCUCCUCCUCCUGCCCCUGCCACCGCACGCCUCCGCCACGACCACCGCUCACGACCACGCCUCUUUCUUAUACCACCACGCCCGCUAGACCGACACGAUGGCAGAUCUCCAGCCCGCCAGCGCCAGCCAGAUGCCCCCCGGCGUGACAGACCCCAACUACAAGCCCCCGCCUGGCCGCCUCGGCAACCUCACCAUCCCCCAACAGCACGCCCUCGAAAAGUUCCAGAAGGAGCUCCAGCAGGAGGGCAAGUUUGUCCCCGAACGCCACGACGAUGCGCUCCUUCUGCGCUUCCUCCGCGCGAGGCGAUUCGAUGUGGAGAAGGCAAAGACGAUGUUGUACGCGUGCGAGCAGUGGCGGAAGGACUUUGGCGUCGACGGGCUGCUGCAAAACUUUGACUUCAAGGAAAAGGCAGAGGUCGACAAGUACUACCCGCAAUAUUACCACAAGAUUGACAAGGACGGCCGGCCGGUGUACAUCGAGCAGCUGGGCAAGCUCGACAUCGGCAAGCUCUACGCGAUCACGACGCCCGAGCGCCAGCUGAAGCGGCUCGUGUACGAGUACGAGAAGAACACGAACGAGCGCAUGCCCGCGUGCUCCCGCGUCAUCGGCCACCCCGUCGAGACGUCCUGCACCAUCCUUGACCUCGCCGGCGUGUCCAUCUCCAACUUCUACCGCGUCAAGGACUAUGUCAUGCAGGCGUCGUCCAUCGGCCAGGACCGCUACCCCGAGUCCAUGGGCAAGUUCUUCAUCAUCAACGCCCCCUGGGCCUUCUCCGCCGUCUGGUCCAUCAUCAAGCCCUGGCUCGACGAGGUCACCGUGUCCAAGAUCGACAUCCUCGGCAAGGACUACAAGGCCAAGCUCCUCGAGCAGAUCCCCGCGCAGAACCUCCCCAAGGAGUUUGGCGGCAAGUGCGAGUGCCCCGGCGGCUGCUCGCUCAGCGACGCUGGCCCCUGGAACCCCAACUGGGAGCAGCAGAGCGAGGCGGCGUAGAUGCUGAUGCGUAUUGCGGGAUUGGCGAGGGACAUACAUCAUCAGUAUUCUACCCGUAUACCUUAAUAGACACGACAUGCUAUCCGGUCACGGCAAACCCCAUAUGCUUGCAUAGGCCCUACAUAUUGGCGCGUAUCAGCGUUGAGGACUGGUGGUUGGCUGCGAGGACUUACCUCACUGUGGAAUGGUGCACAUACAAUCGGUGAUCGUUCUUGGUGACAAUAUAUGUUAGGUGUCGUCGCUUUGAAGCGAUACUCGAGUGGGGCCGUAUACGAUGUACACUGUCAUGUGACAAGCAGGCUACUGACUUACGCGCGUA